AUGGCUGCCACUAGCGACUCAAAGUUCCCAUUGCACGAAGCUGCUCGGGACGGCAAACUUUCUGUGGUCGAGUCACUUUUGAACGCCAACCCAAAACUAGCCACGACCAAAGAUGACGAUGACCGUCUUCCCAUCCACUGGGCAGUGGCAUACAAUCACCUCCCCAUUGUCGAACUCCUCGUGGCCACGAGGAACUUCGAUCCAGACGUCGAGGACGGAUCAUGCUGGACUCCUCUGAUGAUUGCAUCGAGUCUGAAGAACGCUGAAGGAGAUCCCAUCAUUGAUCUUCUUCUACGAAAGGGCGCAGACGUCAAUGUUAAGAGUACCACUGGUCAGAACGCGCUACACUUUGCAACGUCCAAAGCAAGUAUCUCCACAAUCCGCAAACUACUGGAAAACAAAUGCAGUGCUCGAGUUAAGGACAAGCGAGGUCAACUUGCACUUCACCGUGCCGCUGCAAUUGGCUCUACGCCUAUAAUCAAUGUUCUGCUGAAGGAGGGCCGAAGCCCCGUGAACGCUACUGACAAUGAUGGACUUACGGCGUUACACCAUGCGAUUUCUGAAGGUCACGGCGAUGCUGCGCUUACGUUGUUGAAGGCUGGUGCUGAGGCAGAUAAGAAGGACGCGAAUGGAAGGCUAGCGAUUGACAUGGCACCAGAUUCGAAGGUUCGGACUUAUAUUCUGCAAGCUGUGGAAAGGGAAGGAAUCGACUUGUGA